AUGUCUGAUCAACUCAGCAAAACCGAUAGUCAAACGCCGCUUAUAAAGCACGAAACUUCCGAGUCUAUGCCAAUAUCCACGUCGAAGAAAAGAUCACUCUAUCAACGCAUACAAGACCGAAACAGAGUUGAGAUUUUAGAGGAGGAAUUGCAAAAGUACACGGGAAUGAGCAAGGCGGGUCUGCAGGAUUGGGCCAAGGACCGCCCGGGGGUUAGAGCAAAGACACCCGCUAACACGGGGAAAGAAUUUGAGUCUUGGGAAUCUAUGCGUGUCACUACAGGGAUUAUGUGA